AUGCUUGGGCAAGUUGAUGAACUAGUGGCUCGGGGAUUGGAUCACACCAACCCUCCACUUGCAGACAUAGAAAGCAUUGUUUGCACCCUUCGAAGCCAGAUGGAAGGAUACAAAUCCCAGUUUCCCGUCCAUUAUCACCAUGACAUUUUCCUCGGGGCAGAUUCUAGCAUUUUCGAUGUCCAUCUCUACCAAACAGUCUUUUUCGACGUAUACCCAUCCGCAAGUGCUGUUGAGUCUAUCGAACCACUGGUAGCUCUCCAACGAAUCCACGCUCUCUGUCAGGGACUGGCGGCCGCGCAGCGAUGCAUGAGCUUCUACUUUAGUCUUCCGCUCGGAAUCGAAAAGAGAUGGAGCUAUCUCCAGUGGAUAACCAACGGCUUUGGCAUUAUGGCUUCAUGCAAGCUUGCUUUAGCCGCUAUGGAGCCUUCGAUCCGGGAUCAUGAUCAAGUUCGAGCACUCAGAGAGUCAUUAAACAUGCGUAUGCAGCUAGAAAACAUACUUUUGCGUUUGGAAACGCUUGACAAGGAUUGCAAAGGCGGAAUCUCAGAUGGACCCGAGACUUUCCACUACCACACUUGGACUCGCCAAAUAUCCGAUUGGUUUCAAAAUAAAUAUUACCUUGCGCGACUGAAUGGUGCAGGUGAGCAUAGAGGCCCGUCCUCAGCUCCAAGUGUUGGAACAAAUUGGGUUCCUGGAAGCAGUGUAUACGAAGUACCACUGACUGGUUAUGGUUUCCCUUGGAUGGACCCCCCGGAUGUGGCGAUAGAAAGUCUGUUUCCUGGUGCCGGCCAUUCAGUUUGA